UGUCUAUCGAUAUAUCUGCAGCCCUGGCACAAAAGGCGUGCAGAGUUGUUCUCCAAAUUUCCUGUCGCGAAUUUUUAUUCAUUUAUAAUUAAUUGCAAGCCAUGGCAGAACUAGACGAUUUCUUCGCGAAAAAGGACAAGAAGAAGUCCAAGAACAAGACCAAGUUUGUGACCGCCGACGAGCUGGUGAAGAGUCUGGAGGACGGCAGCAAGCGCGAGGUGGUCAAGCCAAAAAAACCCGAGGCAGUCGCUGGCGGCGUGGCAGUGGUAGGCGAAAACGAGAACAGCGGCACCAAUGUGCCAGAGUCCGCCCCGGCCGUCGAAGAGGAGUGGAAGGAGUUUGAGGAGGAGCAGCGCAAGGACUACAGCGGCCUGAAGAUCGGCCAGCUGAGCACCAUCUCUUCGGCCCAUUCCAGAAAUGUCCAGGAAUCCGCAGAGGCGCGGGCUGCUCGGGUGCCCUCCGCUCCGGACGGCGGCAGCUACGAAGAGGACGACGAGGACAGCAAUGGGUACGACAACGCGGACCCCAGCAAGGAGCGCGUCGGGCACGGACCCUGGAAGAAGGUGAUCCCGGCCGAAGAGGUGAUGCAGAUCCCAGUGCCGGUGGAGGUGGAGAAGCCCUCGUCCAAGACCUAUGUUUCACCCGCGCUACGUUACAGCCAGCAGGCCGGAAGCGGACUAGGAGGCGGCUCAAUUGGCGGCGCCAUGCGUCCACGACGCGCCGCCCCCGACAUUACCAACACCGAGUUCUUUCCGACGCUCAGUGCGGCGCGUCCGGAGGAGCAGCGCAAGAAGAAAAACGAACCCGCCUUCGAAGAAGUUCGCCACGGAGGCCGCUUCCAGCGCGUGCAGGAGUCCACGACUGCCCCGGUGGCGGCCUCGAACCGAUUCCAGUCGCUCGACGACGAAGCCAGCUAGGUCCAGCCUCUGCCAACGGUGCUGCUGCUGGCCACAGGAACCGCUUUCUACCACAGUGUCCGCUGCCGAGCUCAAGUCAUCCACGGGUUCUGCGCCAGCACAUGCAGA